UCAACUCUACUGUUAUAGGACUUACUAAUAAUAAUGAUGCAUAGUAAGAUAUAAAUAGACGUAGUAUUUUAUCUGCACCAGUAUCCAUCAGUUUACUCCUAUGAUUGCAAUUGAGCACGACGUUCUUGUCUACAGUAGAUAAAUAAAUUUUGUAAAUUAAAAAAUAAUUGGGUGUGAGAAAAAAUGAAUCAACCACCAGGUGUUACCGUGGUGCAGAGUUUCAACUAUGGCCCUGAAACCGCGAGAGUCAAUUGUCCUCAUUGUCAUGCAGAUAUUUCGACGAGAGUCGAAACUCAAGCAAAUGUUAAAACUCAUAUUAUUGCAUUACUACUUUGCCUUUUUCAAUGCUGGAUUUGUAUUCCAUGUCUUUAUUGUACAGACAAGUGUUUAGUCAAGAAACAUUACUGCCCGUCAUGCGAACAAUAUCUUGGAUCCUGUGAAAAUUAAAUUAUUUAUUUUUUCAAUCAAUAUAUAUUUUAAAAACACGCAGAUAAUUAAAUUUUACUUCAAUU